AUGCGUUGCCUUCGUUCUUCUGUAGCUGCAGUCGCUGCACUGAUCUCGCUCGUGGGCGCGCAGACCUUCCGGCGACUUGGCACCUGUCCAACUCUUGGUUGUGUUAUUCCACCAGAUCAGCAAGACUUCCUGGCUGGACAGUACUUCGAUAUCAGGGUCGAGGUCCACGCUCCAGUGAAUGGAUCAGAAGCGACAGAUGGCAUUCCUGAUGUGAACUUCAGCUUCACCAUUGGCAAAGUUGGUGCCGAGGCCAAGAGUGCUUCAGAGUUCCUGGGUUUAGGUGAGCCAGAGCUUGAAACUUGGGACUUUAGCUGGUACGAAGACCUGUUCGCACAAGAUGCUAAAACACCUUCCAUGGUCAACGUGGCUUCAAAGGCAUGGCGAAGAGUGGCUUUGUACGAGCCCGGAGACUAUGUGGCAACUCUGAAAUACAACCACACGGAGACAGUCGCUCACUGGCACGUCCGAGACAUCGAACAGGUCCGCAAGACCAAGAAUGUCCUCCUUUUCAUCGGAGACGGCAUGACCACAAAUAUGAUCACUGCUGCUCGUCUCAUUGCACACAAGACGAUCAAUGGCAAAUAUCAGAGCACUCUAGCUUUGGACAAGUUCCCCGUGGUCGGUCACCAGAUGACACACUCGAUCGACUCGUUCAUUACUGAUUCUGCCAACUCCGCGACCGCUUUGUAUUCUGGACACAAAUCAGUUGUCAAUGCGCUUGGUGUCUAUGGAGACUCAUCUCCAGAUCCAUUCGAUGACCCCAAGGUCGAGUCGAUCGCCGAGAUCUUCCACCGACUCUAUGCGGGCCAUGUUGGUAUCGUUUCGACCGCCUACAUUGCAGAUGCUACUCCAGCUGCUCUUACUGCCCACACUAGAGAUCGAGGCGAAUAUCCACAUGUUAUCGAUACCUUUAUCCAUGGUGUGGUGAACUACACCUGGACUGAAUGGUCCGGACCUGAUGUUCUCUUCGGAGGUGGGGCUGAGAACUUCUGUGCCAAGAAACUUGGUGGCGAUACGUAUAAGGAUCAAGACUAUUACAAGGUGUUCGGAGAUGCUGGAUACAACGUGGUAUACAACAAGACCACUCUCGAUGCUACGCCAAGUGACCAACGCACUCUGGGCAUCUUCACAAAAUCAAACAUGGCAAAGUGGCUCGACAGGAAUAUCUACACGGCCAACCUCAACCAGGGCAAGAAUUAUCCGGACUGCCAGGGCGGUAACGCAACCGAUCAGCCUGGACUCAAGGAGAUGACGCUCAAGGCCAUCGACAUCCUCCACAACCGCGCUGGAGACAAAGGCUGGUUCAUCAUGUCCGAAGCCGCUUCAGUGGACAAGAUGAUGCACGUUCUCGACUACGACCGUGCUCUUGGUGAGCUGUUGGAGCUCGAUGACACUGUAAAGCACUCAAUCGAGCACCUUAAGGAGUUGGGCAUCUUCAAGGACACGUUGAUCGUGGUUACAGCUGAUCACGGCCAUGGUUUCGAUGUCUUCGGUUCUUACGACACCAAGUACGCCGACGCUCAGGGCAACGACCGCGACAAGCGCCAUGCUGUCGGAACAUACGCAGAGUCUGGCCUCUCCCAGUACAUCAAUACGGGCAAUCUCCGAUACUCUGAUAGCAACUUCCCGUCCAACUGGGAUCCUCGAUAUACUCUCGCGCAAGGUGUCGGUGCCAACCCAGAUCAUCGCGAGAACUAUCGUGUCCACAAAGACGGACCAAGAGUCCCCGCUAAGAACAUCACUGGUUUCUCAAGUACCGACUUUUUCGUGAACCCAACAGAUGAUCAGAAUGGAUUUAUCGUCAAUGGAACGCUUCCAACUUCCGCCGACCAGGGCGUCCACUCUCUGACCGACGUCGCUCUGUUCGCGAUGGGCCCUUGUCAAGAAAUCUUCGGCGGCGUAUACAACUCCAUUGAUGUUUUCUUCAAAAUGGCAGAUUGUCUUGGUUUGAGUGAGGUCAAGUCUAAGAAUGGCCAUGAUUACAAGGACCACAAGGACAACUGGGGCAAGGGAGGUCCAGAGAAUUAUCAUCGUUAUGACGAGUCCAAACCUAUGUAUGGUGGACGUGGUGGAUGGCAUACGCAGCCUAAACCCAGAAGUUUCAAGGAUGCUGAGAACCCGAGGCACUAGAUUCUGAAUGCGUAGUAUUUCAAUGAAUAGCCAUGAUGUGGAUGACAGGACGCAGGAAAAGCACAUGAUAGUAUGUAUAGUGAUGCUAAUCCACGACCAUUUAUUUAG